AUGGAGUUUGAGGAUUUCUGCCGAUACUUCACAGAUGUGGUGGUGUGUCGUCUGGUAGAACGAGCCCUGCUGUGGCCCAACACCCACUGGAGAGAGGUUCGCUGCCAUGGGGAGUGGGUCCCAGCCCCCAACAGUACCGGAGCAACCCCCGCCACCCUCCUCCCCGGCCGCCAGGCAUCCAACCUCGGGAAGAACACAGCCAAGCCUGGGGAGGUGAGCCAGACUCCGCGAGGGGACCGGAAGGAGGCAAGAUUGGGGAAGAGACGGAGAAGUGGAGGAGGAGAAGGAGGAGGCGGUGGAGGGAGAGAGAAGGUGGCUGUAGCGAAGAAGGGGGGGGGGGAGAAGACAAAGAGGAAGGAGGAGAGUGUGAAGAAGGAGGGAGAGGUGGAUGGACGGUGGGAUAAACACAUGGAUAAGAGGAGUAGGUGUGGAGGAUGCAUCAACCACAAAGACACCUUUCUACACAACCCCCAGUUCAUGUUUGAGGUACAGGGAAAGGAGGAUGAGGUGUUGAUCUGUCUGCAGCAGGAGGACAGGAGGAUAAAGAGGAAGGAUGGAGGAGGAGCGAAUCUGCCCAUCGGCUUUGAGGUGCUGAGGGUGGAGGUGAACCGUCUAAGCCGUGUGCAGCGUGUGGUGGAGCAGGCUGCAAGCUCUGUGUACAUGGACUCCCGUAGCGUUGCCCUGCGAGUGACCCUGGUCCCCGGCCGCUACGCCCUCCUCCCCACCACCUUUCAACCUAGGGCCACCGGACGCUUUCUGCUACGCCUCUUCUCACAUUCACACCUCAGACUCAGUGAGUUGAGACAGGAGUUGCCUGCUCUGUCAGUGUGGCAGUGUUGUCUCCCCCAGUCCAGUGUCGUGACCACUGUCCACCUGCGCCGAGCUUGCGGACUCAGCCAGCCCAAACAGACAGCACCAGAUGUGUAUGCUGUGAUCUGCUGUGAAGACGACACCAUAAGAACACAAGUGUUCAAGGAGGAUGGAAAUCCAGAGUUCAAUAUGAGGGCCAUUUUCUACAGGAGAUACCCAGAUGCACACAUCAGCAUUAAGUUGUGGAGCCGUGGUCUACUUUGGGACACUCUAUUAGGAGGGGCUCGACUCCAGACCGGAGACAGCGAGAGAGAGCGGAGCCAGGGGAUUGACCUGCAGGGCGGCCAAUCACAUUCAGGAUACCAGGGAUGCAUCUAUGUGGAAACCUCAUCCAGCAAAUGCCUGACAGACUUGUGACAGACAGCUGUGGCUUGUCCCACCCUCUAUACAACCAUGGCAAUCACUGCUUUUCUGGAUGAAGCAGCGGAUUUGAAUGAGGAUGGAUCCAAUUCAAUAGCUUUGAAGGAAAAUAGACAUUUGUCUUCGGCUUCCAUGAAUUACAAAGACAAAUACCUCUUUGAAUGAAAUGUUAUGAGAACUCGGAACUACUGCGUUAAGGAACAGAAAAGCACAGUGAUCUGUUUGUUGUUCACUACUAGGGCAGAGGAGAUCAUAAAAUCAUAAAAAUAUCCCCUAACGUUACAUCUCUGCUGGCCAGACCAUGUAAGAGUACAACAUUAUCCAAAAAACAACAACAUUUAAACUGUAAAAAUACAUUGAUUACCAGCUGCCAAGGUUAUCUAAGGAAUAUACAUAAUAUAUAUAGGUCUACUCUUUUUUAAAGGUGCAUAAUUUUAGGAAAAACAUUUUGAUCAAUUAAAAUGUCAUUUUUCUCUACAAACUGAUCAUUAUAUAGAUGUUUUAUUUCACCUUAAUAUGGUAUGCUAUAUUUUCAAAUAUUUAUUUGAAAAAGAUACAUAUUUCAACGUGGGAUUUUGUUUUUUGAAUUAAUGU